AUGCCCGAGAAUCCAAUCCAAGACGACAAGGCGCAGUACGUAGUGCCCUUUAUUUUAUCCUUAGUAUCAGCACACCAAAAACAACAUUCGUCCGACACGAACCCAGAUGCGCCGCCAUUCUUCAUCGGGUUGAACGGAGUGCAAGGCGCCGGCAAGACGGUUCUGGUCGACAUACUGGAAUCAACACUGAGCUCACCCCCGCACAAUUUGCCGACGGUGGUUUUCUCGCUCGACGACUUCUACCUUACGCACGCGGACCAGGUGGCCCUGGCCCAGAAACACCGUGACAACCCAUUACUGCAGCACCGGGGCCAACCGUCCACACACGACAUCCCGCUCGCGUUGUCGGUGUUUGCGAGUCUGAAACAGAACAAACCGACCAAGAUCCCACGGUACAACAAGGCCGCCUUCUCCGGGCAGGGCGACCGGCUGCCAGAAAGCGAAUGGGACGAGGUCAACGGGCCUUCAAGUCCAAAGGUCCGCGUGGUCCUCUUUGAAGGCUGGUGUGUGGGGUUCCGCCCGCUGUCGGACGAGGUCCUCGCCGCCAAACACGCCGCCGCCGUGGAUGCUUUGCAUCAUUCCACCCCGUCUAACACGUACAAAGGCCGUUUGGGCCACAAUUCUUUGGAAAGUGUGCGGACGAUCAACGAGGCUUUGAAAUCUUACGACGCCCUCACGACGCAGCUCGAUGCUUUCAUCCACAUCGAUGCUCUGGAUCCGCUGUACGUGUAUAAAUGGCGGCUGGAGCAGGAGGCUGGUCUGCGUGCGACUCGCGGUUCCGGCAUGACUGAUGACCAGGUCAGGGAGUUUGUUGACGGGUAUUAUCCCGCCUACGAGCUGUACACCGACACCCUGCGCGAGGGUGUCUUUAAAGGCACCCGGGAGGACUGGAAGGGGAGGCAGCUCAGGUUGGUGGUCGGGGAGGACAGGAAGGUUAGAGAGGUGGUAAAGCUAUGA